CGCCCCAGGCUCCGCCGGUUUAAUUACUCCUUUACCUAUCAGCGCGUGCAGUGCACACUAAUCCGAAGCGUUUAGGUGAUGCAUUAACACCCACAAGUAUGUUUUAAGGGAAGCGCUUGGCUUUUUUGAAGUUUAGCUUCCAGUCUGAGGCGAAUUCAAAGACGAGCGAGAGGCAUCAGCAACAGGGCACUGCCAAAUCACCCGCGAGGACAAUUACACAGAAAGUAUCUUGAUCGUCUAGACGAACAACUGGGACCGAACAGCACUGACGUCAUUACUCGAUACUGAUUGCGUUGUUCUAAUUGUGUGGAGAUUUCUUCCAUUUUUGCGUCAUUAAAUGGAGCGGCGUAGGUGACGUUUGGACUGUUGCGUUCAAGAGGAGCUCUUACCAAGACUAAAAGCCGGCGCGGAAAAAUAUGUAUGGACGCUAUACACAGGAGUUGGGGGCCUAUGCCAAAGAAGAGGCAGCUCGUCUGCGUGAGGAUGGAGCGCUGCGGAGGACCGCCAGUGUGCGCGGCCAGGCUCCAGAACUGCUGGAGUAUGAGAAGGACCCGUGUGCCAAGUGUCAAGUCUGUACGUCACGGUGUAAGAAGUUCUUGAUUUCCCGUGUGGGUGAAGACUGGAUCUUUCUCAUCCUCCUGGGGCUUCUCAUGGCAUUGGUCAGCUGGGCCAUGGACUACACUAUUGCCUUCUGCCAGCAAGCACAGAAGUGGAUGUAUGGUGGUCUGCACAGUAACAUGUUGCUGCAGUACCUGGCCUGGGUCACUUACCCAGUGGUUCUCAUCACCUUCUCCGCCGGCUUCACACAGAUACUGGCGCCACAGGCAGUGGGCUCUGGGAUCCCAGAGAUGAAGACCAUUCUCCGAGGUGUGGUGCUGAAAGAGUACCUCACUUUCAAAACCUUCGUCGCCAAAGUGAUUGGCUUAACUUGUGCCCUUGGAAGUGGCAUGCCUCUAGGCAAAGAGGGACCAUUUGUUCAUGUUGCCAGUCUGUGUGCUGCUCUGUUGAGCAAAUUCAUGGCCUUGUUUGGAGGAAUCUACAUGGAAGAGCCCUUUGAGGGAAACAAGAACGAGCUGAGAAACACAGAGAUGCUGUCAGCCGCCUGUGCAGUGGGGGUGGGCUGUUGCUUUGCAGCCCCUAUUGGAGGAGUGCUGUUUAGUAUUGAGGUCACAUCUACAUUCUUUGCUGUGAGGAACUACUGGAGAGGAUUCUUCGCUGCAACCUUCAGUGCUUUUAUCUUCAGGGUGCUGGCGGUGUGGAAUAAGGAUGAGGAGACAAUCACGGCUCUCUUUAAAACGCGCUUUCGUCUGGACUUUCCCUUUGACCUACAAGAGCUUCCAGCUUUUGCUGUGCUCGGGAUUGCCAGUGGUUUUGGAGGGGCAUUGUAUGUCUACCUGAACAGGAUCAUAGUGGAGUCUAUGAGAAAACAGAAAACCAUCAACAAGUUUUUGCUAAAAAAAAGACUAGUGUAUCCAGCAGUGGUCACUCUUCUUGUCUCUACACUCACCUUUCCUCCAGGGUUUGGACAGUUUAUGGCAGGCCAGCUGACUCAACAUGAGUCACUAGUGGCACUGUUUGACAACCAAACCUGGUACAAGCAAGGUGUUUCUGAGGAGUUUGUGUACUCAAGUCACGUACCUCAGGCCUGGAAGCACCCACAAGUCAGUGUGUUCGUCACACUCCUCCUCUUCAUUGUCAUGAAGUUCUGGAUGUCAGCUGUGGCCACAACAAUGCCUGUGCCUUGCGGGGCCUUCAUGCCGGUUUUCCUCAUUGGAGCUGCGUUCGGUCGACUGGUCGGUGAGAGCAUGGCCGCUGUCUUCCCCGAAGGGAUACACGCCGACAACACUGUAUAUCCCAUAGUUCCCGGCGGAUACGCAGUUGUAGGGGCGGCGGCUCUUUCUGGCGCAGUCACUCACACCGUGUCCACCGCCGUCAUUGUGUUCGAGCUGACCGGUCAAAUCUCGCACAUCCUGCCCGUGAUGAUCGCUGUGAUUUUGGCCAAUGCCGUGGCUCAGAGUCUGCAGCCUUCCCUCUAUGAUUCCAUCAUCCGGAUCCAGAAACUUCCCUACCUGCCAGAGCUGGGCUGGGGACAGGAGAAAUAUAAUAUCCGUGUGGAGGACAUAAUGGUGAGAGACGUGCGGUAUAUCACUCUCUCCUCCUCUUACCGGGAUCUGCAGGAAGCUCUCAUAACAGGCCAGCUUAAAACCCUGGCCUUGGUGGAGUCCAAAGAGUCCAUGAUCCUGCUGGGCUCUAUGGAGCGCUCCCAGCUGCAGUCCCUGCUCUCGCAGCAGCUCAGCCGAGCUCGCAGGCUGGAGUACUUGAGGGAACGUGCUCAGGACAAUGGCACCCAUGUGCCCACCUUCCCCCAAGACUCUCCCCCCAGGACUGGUCAUGGCGUACGUUUCCUGAUCUCCACUGAAGAGUCCUCCUACAGCCCCACACUGACUAACUCCCAGAUCCCCCUCAAGUCUGCUCUGAAGACGGUGUCUGCAAUCAGCAACACAGAGUCACUGAACAGCUCUCCAAACCUCUCCUCUGGGGAACCUGUGAAGGAGCUAGUAGAGAGCAAUACUGGCCCCAUGGCUCCUAAGAGGAGCAGGAGGCCCAAGUGUGUGAAGAUACCCAUGGUGGAUACACCUGAUGUUGAAGAUGACAUGUCAACAGCAGAGAUAGCAGAGUGGGAGGAGGAACAGUUGGAUGAGGCUGUUAAUUUCAACAACUGUAAAAUAGACCCCGCCCCCUUUCAGCUGGUGGAACGGACAUCUUUGCAUAAGACACACACCAUUUUCUCACUACUUGGCCUGGAUCAUACCUAUGUCACCAGCACCGGACGUCUAGUAGGAGUGGUCUCUCUAAAAGAGCUGCGUAAGGCCAUCGAGGGCUCUGUAACCGUGACUGGCGUGAAAGUCCGUCCCCCGCUGGCCAGCUUCCGCGACAGCGGCAACAGCAGCAGCGUCUCAGAGGUCACCGAGCUCCACAAGCUCUGGAGUCGUCACAGGAGCCUGCCGCUACCACGGGAACCUAACCUCCCCGACCUGGACGACCAAACGGAGCAACCGUCCGAGGGAAGCCUGGUGAACGAGACCGAGUGCACAGAGCUGUCCAGGCAGAACAGCCCAUUACACACAGACGACCAAUCAGAGCCGACGCCCCAAGAGGAGCACCUUGCGCAGCUCCCCUGUGACUGUACCCACCCUCUGGAGGACGGAGGCUUGGAGGCCGUCAGCGAGCAGAGCCCAGCUCCGAUGGAGGAAACGGUGAGCGAGGGAAGCCCCUCGCCCUCAGAGGGUCAGCCGAAAUGACAGCUGCUUGCGGUCGGUAACGCACACUCCAUUUACACUAUAAACGGUAUUGUGAAGUCAGGUUGAGGAAAACCUGGAGGAAGUCUUUAAGCAGUGAAGCACACUCUCUGCUCCGUACUAAUCAAACCAACCCUAAUCUCUGGUCCUGCCUUCACACGAAACACGCCGUGUGUGUUUGUAUGUGUGGGAUGUCAUAGAUACGCAGUGUGGAUGGGCUUGUGAGUGAACGUCUGUGUAUUCCUCAUAAAUUUGGGUGUCUGUUGAUUUGUGGCUUCAUAGCGCGUUUCGGUGUUGAGUUAUGUUGAUGAGAUUCAUUUAAAGAAGUUUCUGUUCGAUGAUGUCACGGCGGGUUUUCGUCAUAAACGUGUUUGUUUGUUGAUUUGUGGCACGCUUGUGUGUGUGUUUCUUCGUCUUUGUACAUAAGAAAAGCCGAGUGUGUGUGUGAGAGUGACUCAGCUGCACCUUGCCAACGCACCCAUCUGGUGCCGACACUUUAAAUCCAAAUAAAAUUGUCUCUGAGAGCCAAACUGCAAUUUUGCUCUAAAUAUAGCCCUUAAUAACCCACACUGCAAGGAAACACGGAGGAAGAGAGCGGGGGAAAGAAAGGGAACGGGUGGGCAAAAGAGGACACGGAGAGAACAAGAACAUGAUGCAAAAUGAGCGAAAGACAGGAAGGACACAGGAACCAGUGUCAUGGAAAGGCAGGAGAAUAAAUGGGAGAGUGGGGUAAACUGUGCCACUUUUUAUUUAGAUUGUCAACCAGGCAAGAAGAAAUAAGUCAUCAGGGAAAUGACUAUGCCUAAUUAUAUUUCUGAACAGAUAAAGGCACAGAAAUAUGACUUUUUAGGAAAAAUGGCUGAGUGACACAACUUACCCCACAUUAGGGGUAAGAUGCGCCAUGGAUGUUGAGUCAUUGGGGAAUAUUUGAACUAUUUCAGGUAAAAUAUGAACA